UCCCUCCUCUCCCUCUUCUCCCUCAACACUGUCGCAGCCCAUGAGGCCAUCGUCGGCGGACACCCAACUACAGCUGAGAAUUACCCCUACCAAAUCAGUCUGGAACACCUGGGCCAGCACGUCUGCGGCGGUUCGAUCAUUGGCGAAAAGUCCAUCCUGACAGCCGCCCACUGCACACACGAAUUCCCAAAUAACUUGACCGUCCGUGUGGGCACGUCAACUAUCGGCCACGGUGGCGACGUCUACCAGCUGUCCAAGAUCACGCAGCACCCCAAUUUCAACCCCAACACAGGCGAUUACGAUGUCUCGGUCAUAACCCUCAGCAGCGACAUCACCUUCGGCGGCUCAGCUCGCCCCAUCACACUCAGCUCCACAGCCCUACAGCCCGGCCUCAACUGCACAGCUACCGGAUGGGGCUUUAACCGUGAAAACGGCAGAGUCUCCGAGCAGCUACAAGCCGUCGAACUGGAGACAGUCUCCCGGGCAGAAUGCCGCAAUGACUAUCAGGGCGUCAUCCCGAUCACAGACCGCAUGGUGUGCACUUAUACGCCGGGGAAGGAUACCUGCCAGGGUGACAGUGGCGGGCCGCUUGUGUAUGGUGGUGUGCAGGUUGCUGUUGUUGGGUUUGGGCUUGGCUGUGCGAGGCCCGGAUACCCGGGAGUCUAU